UAAUAAUAAUAAUAAUAAAAUAAAAUAAAAAAAUGAAGGAAAUGGAAGAGAAGGCGGAGCAGCAGCCAAACGAGUUGGAACAACUCAUCGACCCGGCGGGGCAUGGUUUAAUAUCGGUGGAUGACGGAGGAGGAGAAGAACGGGAGAGUACUGUUGGCGGAGGAAUGGGAAGGGUUCGUGGGCCGUGGUCGCCGGAAGAGGAUGCUAUUUUAAGUCGGCUGGUGAGUAAGUUUGGGGCGAGGAAUUGGAGCAUGAUCGCAAGGGGAAUACCGGGUCGGUCUGGGAAGUCGUGCCGCCUCCGCUGGUGUAAUCAGCUCGACCCUUCCGUCAAGCGCAAACCUUUUACUGAUGAAGAAGAUCGUAUAAUUUUAGCAGCCCAUGCAAUUCAUGGAAAUAAAUGGGCGUCAAUUGCAAAACUUCUCCCAGGUAGAACUGACAAUGGAAUUAAAAACCAUUGGAAUUCUACACUAAGGCGCAAGUGUGUGAAUAAUGGCGGGUUGAAACCUGCAUCCUCGGAAGAAACCUUGUCAGGUGGCAAUAUGAAAUCAUUCAAGUCUUCAGAGAGAUUGGAUAUGGGAAUGGUGGCAAAUCAACCAAGGCAGUUCGAAGACGAAGUUCAAGCUACUACAAAUUGCUGUGCUCCCAAACAAAAUAUAUCCUCAGAUUCAGUAACAAUUGAUCCCUCUGCUAAAGAAAACCAUCCCAUGGUUUAUUUCUCAGCUGAAGAAAAUCGUCCCGUGAUUUAUACCUCGGUUGAAGAAAAUAAUCCUGUGAUUUCUCGUCCAGUGGCUAAAGUAGGUGCAUUCAAUGUUUACAAUCCUAGCCUUGACUCUGCUUUUCCAAGGACAAUCCCAAUGCAGGGACCUUUGAUCCAAGCAUCCAAACCAGAUUUGGGAAUCUGCAAGUUUCUUGAAGGUGCGAGUGGUGAGACCAUAAUCCCUCUGCAUUGUGGCCAUGGUUGUUGUACACAUUCCAGUCGAAACUCUUCUGUCCGCUCCUUGUUGGGGCCAGAAUUUUUGGAAUAUGAAGAAAUCUCCCCCUUUCCAAGUCAGGAGUUGAGUGCCAUAGCCAUGGAUUUGAACAAUAUUGCCUGGAUUAGAAGUGGCCUUGAGAAUGCUGGAAGGUUAUCAGAAAGUGCAAGUCACCUAAGAGUAUCAGAAGGUCCCUCCACGUCCAUGAAUAGUUUUGAACAGAACAAUGAAAACGAUCAAUUCCAGUUUGAGACACCAAACUCAUUCACAAGUGUGUCAAAAGAUGUAGUUUCCCAACAGAUGAGAAUGCCUACAUUCACUUUGCGAUCUGAGGUUGAAGGCUUGAGCUGAACCCGAUAAACGAUUUUCUUUUUGGCGAAUUUCUGUGUAAUGUCGAGAGUUGGAAGUAUAUAUAUCCAAAUACUGAAUUGCAAAAGUUUGCGGGUCUCGGGCAUCCAGGAACCAUAUGUUCUUGUAAAGGGUGUUAUCAUUGACGCAGACAAAGGAUAUCCAAGAGGUUUUUUUUGUUAACAUUAACAAAUUGCUUUGUAUAAUUUCUGCAGGUGUGACCUGCUAAUGCACUAUUCUUAUGGUCUUAUGUUCAUAGGUCAUAGUCCUAAUCGGUCUUAUUUUACCAGUAAUGGUUUAUUGAGAAUUAUGACGGCAGGGUGAGGCCAACAUGUUUGGUUCUUUACAGCGAAA